UAAAACAGUGAAAAUGUCGAAAGUAACAAAGAGGAAACAUGUGAUGAACGAAACAUUAUGGGACGACUAUGAGUUGCCUAAAGAAAAUCAAAGUAUAGUUAAAGUUUUGAAAAGUAGAGGAAAUAAUCUUCAUGAGAUACAAACGCCUACUGGAGAGGAAUACUUGGUAUCUAUGCCGGGAAAAUUUCGAAAAAACAUUUGGGUAAAACGAGGCGAUUACAUUCUAGUGGAACCAAUCGAGGAAGGGGAUAAAGUGAAAGCGGAAAUAGUUAAAAUAAUGAAUAAGGGCUCUAUAAAAUAUUACAAGGAAAAUAAUGUGUGGCCUAAGGAAUUUGAUGAUAACAAAAAGGAAGAGCUCAAGGAAAAUGAUGAUGACUUAUUUGUAAACACAAACAGAGCUCAUAUGAAAAGUUAUUCCAGUGAUAUAGACAGCAGUGACUCUAGUGACAGUGACAGUCAAAGUGAUGAUAAAUAAAUAUUUUAUCUCAAUGUGACUCAA